CUUUGAACCUUUAAAACUUUAAAUAUUCAUUGAAGAGGGAAUAGCUAAUCCUGAGAGCAACAUUCAUUUCUUUAAUUAUUUUUAAGUCUGAGAGGUUCUUAAAAUUUGAAAGUAUUUUGAUCAAAUAUAAUACAUUAUAUAAUAACGUAAUAUUUACACAAUCCCACCGGAGUAUUUUUAAAAUAUUGAUUUCAAAAACUUUUUCUAAACAUAAAAUAAAAAGUAAUUUCUAAAAAGUCAAAAAACUUUGUAAUUUAAGCUAAGGAACUAUCGAUACUAUCGAUAAUAAUGUUUACUGUUUCAAAAGCUCAUUUACUUUUCUAAAUAAAAAAUUAAGUUUAUUCUAUUCCUUGAUCUUAAUACUUCUACGUAAAUAAAAGCAAACUUAAAGAUUUCAGCCGAUCUAUAGUACUUAUAAUUGUCUAAUAAUAAAAAUAAAUCUACAACAUUAUUUAAUGGGUAUUUCCAAUAAUUACUCUUACUUUUAUUUUUUCUCAGCCAGAAUUGAAGCUAAUGAAAAGUAAUUUGACGUUUGCCCAUUUUUCGAUAUAAUGGUCGGUGUUAUUACAACUCUGACGACUGCUUAUGGACCGGCAGUAAACAAAAUGAUAACGUAACAUCAACCAAAUUCAAGACCAAGGUGAAAACAUGACGAAGUCUGAUUUUGUGCUGGGCGGCGUGGCCGCAAUGGGGGCGGUGAUGUUCACCAAUCCCAUCGAUGUGGUCAAGACACGGAUGCAGCUGCAGGGAGAGUUGGCGUCCCGGGGAACCUAUGUGAAGCCCUACAAGAAUCUUCCCCAGGCGAUGGUGCAGAUAGUCCGGAACGACGGGCUUCUUGCCUUGGAGAAGGGUCUGGCUCCGGCGUUAUGCUAUCAGUUUGUCCUCAACUCGGUCAGGCUAAGCGUUUACUCGAACGCAUUAGAGCUUGGAUAUUUACAGAACUCGGAUGGCUCCAUAUCCUUUUAUCGGGGCAUGUUUUUCGGUGCCAUGGGCGGCUGUAUCGGCACCUCUCUUGCUAGUCCCUUCUAUAUGAUAAAGGCACAACAGCACGCCCAGGCAGUUCAGUCAAUAGCCGUAGGCUUCCAGCACAAGCACACCUCGAUGAUAGAUGCCCUCCUGCACAUUUACAGGACCAAUGGCAUUCCGGGAUUGCUUUCCUUUUGCGCCGGAUUGACCUCGGGUAGCCUGGUCUCAGUGGCCAACUCUCCAUUAGAUGUGGUCACCACUCGGAUGUACAAUCAGCCAGUGGAUGAAAGAGGACGAGGCCUAGUUUACCGCGGCUUGGUAGACUGUUUUACCAAGAUCCUGAAGACGGAGGGUCUCCACGGGAUGUACAAGGGCUUUUGGCCCAUCUACCUCCGAACUGCCCCCCACACCACCUUGAUAUUUGUAUUUUUUGAUAAGUUGCUAUACCUGCGCGAUCAUUAUGUUUUUCCCCAGAAUACAAACUGAAAGUAUUUUUUCUUCAGACUUAAAAACGAUGCAGUGCAUUUCAUUAUAUAUUUUAAUAAUAAAGAGGC